AUGCAACUGCCUGAAACACCGCCGCCGCCUCUCGCUCCGCUGUGGGACCGCGUGCUCCGGGCGCGCGCCUUGCCGCCCGACCUCGAUGUCGAGCUCCUCUACGUCGCGAUAAGGGACCGACUCACACACCCCGAGUGGGAAGUUCGUCUUCACGCGCUUCGUGUCUUAGCAGAUCUUCUACCGCUCUCCGGGAAUGCUCUGUCGUUUCCCUUCGAUCAAGUCGUCGACAAUUUAGGACACAACUCGCCUAACGUACGGAAAGCUGCGCUAGAUGCACUUAAAGUCUUCUGCACGCACUGUGAAGAUGUGGAAUGUGCAGCGCGCGCAAUUUUAGAUAAAUGUUCCUAUCACAACAUAAGGCCGCAUUCUGCAAAUCUUGACACAAAAGUGAACGUUAUUACCGGUUUGAUACUAUCAAUACCAUCCGUGAUGGCUAUUUUGAAAAGAAGACAUUCACACCUUGAUAUGUUACCUAUAUUUCAAGUCUUAGGAGAUAAACUCUAUGAUCCCGUACACAGAGACGUCGCACAGAGAUCUCUACUGAAACUAAGACGUGCUUGUGGACCACGUGAUUAUAUGAUGUAUUUAUCGAGGUUAGAUCCUAAAGUUCAGGAUAGAUUUCGUCAUUUGUGUGAAACUUACGAUGAAGAUUCUAUGGAUGUUUACUAUGCGCCAAGAAAAACUGCCUAUAGAAACAAUAACACACCUUUAGUAAAAAUUAAUCACGUUUUUAAUAAUGCUCACACGGGACCCAUUCGAGUGUCGACUGAUUCAUCUUCAGAAGAUUCUUUUGCACCUUUACCAUUUUACAAUAACAAUUUUGCUAAAGUUAUAAUUGAAACGGAAAUUAAGUUUGAUUCUGAUACUGCGAUCACAAUGACCGUUUUAGAAGAGAAUGAGACUGAAUCUGAUAAGAAUACAGGAAGUGAAGAUGACUACGACAGCUCAGAUAGGAACAUGUUAAAAUAUAGUGACGGUGACUCCGAGGACACGGAUGUUGUGGUUAAAAGAGUGCGUUUCGGUGGUGAGAGUGUUAAAAUACGGACUCCUGACAGCGACAACUUGUUAACAAGUGAAGAUGAUACUAAUGUGCAUAGGCAUCAGAGGAAUGGGAAUUUUAAAGAGAUAAUGGCACCACCGACACCUGUAAUAGUAACAAAAAUGAAUGAAAUAAAACGCGAGGCAUUAGAAAGGGAAGCGCAAAAUAAAGUGAAUAAUAAUAAAAAGAGCGGCAUACCAUUGCCAGUCAUACAUAAUAAAUUGCAAAAACCGUAUGAAGCUAAAUACAAUGGGGUUAAAAUAAAGUCGAAGUCAUUAAGUGAAUUGUAUGAUUAUUUUAGAUCAAAGAAUGAGGAAGGUGAAGGUAAAAUGCAGGAAAUGUCAGGGCUAGCGUUGUCUCUGGCAGAGGUGCGGUCUCCGGAGAAAUCGGGGCGAAGUUCCCGAAGUCCUGUGGAGCCUCAUAAGGAGGUGGAGGUGUUGCAUAACUUGCAGCGAAGUCCUACAGUGUCACCGCGACGUCAUCAGACGCGGGUAGAGUUGGAGCGUGAUGGGUUCGUGUUAAGUCUACUGGCUUCGUCGCCGCCCAAGGAGACCGACAUUCUAACUCCACGGACUCCAACUCCUCUGCGCGCACAUUACGACUGGGAAGAACUGGGGGUAGUUCCACAGCAUGUGUCUGACCAGCUGCAUAACACGGAGAACUGGAUAGCGGCGGUGCGUGCUGCAGACCAGCUCCACAGCACGUUACUGGAAGCCAGCAGUGUGAGGAAGGUGGAGCCUGCAGCCCUCUCCCUGGUGCACCACAUGUGGGCGCUCAGCGAAGAGGUGGCUGCUGCAAGAGCUCCAGCAGAGGGUGCAGUGUGUGCUCUAGUGCGAGGAGCAAGCAGCGACUGCGCUAGACAACUCCUGCCCGCUCUCAUCUCUCGCAUGGCGAGGGAACCACUCCCUGCAGCCUUACCACAUGCGCUACUGCAACGACUGGCCCUGCAUCAUAUUGUCGACCUUAUAUUUGAUCCGAGUAUGAUUGGUGUAAGUGGGGAUAAAGAAGAGAUGCAAAGUGCUCAACUUCGGGCUGCAUUGUGCCUGGCCAGGGCAGCCGGUCCAGCUGCCGUGUUGUCAGCGGUGAGAAGGAGACUCGCUGGAACCGCGAGAGCCGACGUCUUUUGUAAUAAGUUGAGGGAAAGGCUGAGUCGUCCUAUAGAGAACAUCAAGCCAAGUCACGUAAACAGGAGCUCUCAGUUACCGGUGCCGGUACGUCGUAGAGCCAGAUCUACCCCUCCCCCCGCUGCACCGCCACCUCCACGAAGACUGAGGCCUUUGCCUGACUCAGCACCCCUGCUUGGUGUGUCGCAGCCAGGCAGGGAUUACAUUCCAUUCAAAGCCUUGUCACCGAUACCCCUGAGUGAUAGAGACUCGAGCGCACUUACCAGUUAUGACGGGGAAAACAAUAAAAAGGUGUCCGCUUCCAAGGAAGGUACGGAUGAGAGAGUGAAAGUCAGUGCUAUAACUGAAGUGAACACCUUAGGUGAAGAGGUCCAGCAAUCAAUACCGACUCCACCGCGAUCACCUUCUAUAAGAGUUGAAGACUAUUCUGAGAAAUCGAAUCCCUCGCCACUUAGCGGGCGAUCGCAAUUACAGGUUGAUCCCUUACCACCUCAGACACCAGGGAGUGCGAGUGCCUCCACUGGACAUGAGUCAUUGGAAUCUCGAGCCAGUACCGUUGUAGAAGUGUCGCCGGUGCGAAAAAGUGUCAGUACACGACCCUCACCUACACCACCAAGGAGCAGCGCUCCGUCGCCAGUACGAAGUGGGGUUCCCACACCGGAGCCGGCCAGUGAUGCUUAUGACGAACCUCCGCGAGCUUGUGAGCGUGAUGUACGCACUGCCCUCGCCGAGUGUAUUGUACCAGCAAGACAUGAGGACUGGGAGGUGAUCGUCAGUGGACUCUUGGAAACUGAAAGGCUCGCAGCGGACCCGUCAGCUCGUGCACCCGCUAUCAGUUGGCGUGCUGCCUCGCGUUCUGCUGCUACGCACGUGCGUUCUUUGAGGUCACGAGUUGCCAGGGCCGCAUGCACUACACUAGGAGCGCUGUUUGAGCAUCGAGGGCGCGCGCUGGACCCCGAGAUUGAGGAGGCUGCUGGUGCGUUACUGGAGCGUUGUGCUGACGUGAAUCGGUUCUUGCGGGCCGACGCUGCCAGUGCUCUAGUGAAGGUGGCAUGUGGUGGCAGCGAAGUGCGUGCUGUGAUGGCUCUGUCGCGACGAGGAGUAGCGCACCGCGCGGGCCCAGUGCGCGCUGCAGCCGCGGCGGCGCUGGCGCAGCUGGUGCGGCGCGGGGGCGCGGCGCACGCGCUGGCGCUGCCGCCCGACGUGCGCACGUCCCUGCUGCGCUCGGCGGGCGAGCUGCUGGCUGAUGCCAACGCAGACACACGCCAGCACGCGCGCCAGUUGUGCCUAGCUCUUGGUGAGGAUGGACGAUUCAAACAGAUGCUCAAGGAAGCAAUGCCACCGUCUCGAUAUCGUGCUAUAGAAAAAUAUGUCGAUAAGUUGCGCUACCGAUAG